AUGGCCUUACCAAUCACCCAGGACCUUCUACGCCUCCAUUGGAUUGAGGGCCAGGUUUAUGAGAGGGUGAAGCUCAUGAACAGGGAGUCUGUCGAGGCCAGGAAAGUCGUUGCCCUGUGGAUGUGGCUCGAAUCGAUGGGGUUCCCCAACAUGGUCCGACGAGCGAAGAACGCCCCCGCCGACGUCUUCCAACGUCUAUUACUCGAGGCGGAGGCGAUCCUAGACUCCCUUCAUCAAGGGAACCCAAAAACCUCGCAAAAUGCAACCGCCAUCUUCCUAACGGCGUACGGCGCAAGGGAUCCCAUCACUCUCCAGUUCUUUUACGCCAAUCGUGAUCUUGGGAUAAGGAGCAUCGUAGCUAUCCUUGACAGCGUGGGUAGGAUCAUCUUUAACGAUGAGCUCGUCAAGGCGUCGAGAGAGAGCGAUGCAGGGCGUCAGCUGGAGCCGAGCUUGGCAGAGGCCUUACAGGCUCCUUACAUUCACAUGAUGGAGCCGACACAUGAGGACUAUCGCUCGAUGCUGGUCACCUUUCACCCGGGAAGCAAUGUUACACCCGAAAUAAUUAUAAACUACUUCGUUGGGUACUGCAACCCUAAUCCUCAGCUGGAUAAUCUUGAAGGAGACUACGUCUUUUUGUUAUACCCUUGAUCUUGUAUUUUAACCGUUGAACGUUUUCGUGUCUCAUUGUGAUCUGCAGGAGGUGGGGGGUCAGUGUGGAGAGGGUGGAUCUUGACUUGGACCCCAAGCUUGGGCAGUGGGAGGGCCCGAUGCCAACCUAUGGCCGAGUUGUCUUCACAAGCCCCUCCUUUCUCCCCUUGCUAUUGAAUGGUGGCCACUAUGCAGAGUUUAAUAUAGACGGGCUGUUCAUGUGGGGGCGGAGGAACAUAAACUGGUUCAUUAACGCCACUGACUAG